AUGGCGGAUCCUCCUGAGGCCGCUGAGGCUGGGCCGAAGCAAAAAGAAAAACAAAAAAACAAAAAGAAAGCGGCGACAGUUGAUGAAUCUGAGCUUCUCACUGUGCCAGAUGGAUGGAAAGAGCCAGCCUUUACAAGAGAGGAUAAUCCGAAAGGACUGCUGGAAGAAAGCAGUUUUGCAACGUUAUUCCCAAAGUAUAGAGAAGCGUACUUGAAAGAGUGCUGGCCACUUGUCCAGAAAGCCUUGAGUGAGCAUUAUGUGAAUGCAACGCUGGAUCUAAUUGAAGGAAGCAUGACUGUCACUACCACUAAGAAGACUUUUGAUCCAUAUGCAAUCAUCAGGGCAAGAGAUUUAAUAAAACUUCUGGCAAGAAGCGUUCCAUUUGAACAGGCAGUUCGUAUCCUUCAGGAUGAUGUUGCAUGUGACAUCAUUAAAAUAGGCACUCUGGUGAGGAAGAGAGACACUUUUAUAAAAAGAAGAGGACGACUUCUUGGGCCAAAAGGAUCUACUCUGAAGGCCCUGGAACUGUUAACAAACUGUUAUAUUAUGGUGCAAGGCAACACUGUUUCAGCUCUUGGGCCCUUUAGUGGGCUAAAAGAGGUUAGAAAAGUUGUUCUGGACACAAUGAAGAAUAUACAUCCCAUAUAUAACAUUAAGACUUUGAUGAUCAAAAGGGAAUUAUCAAAAGACCCUGAACUGAGGUCACAAAGUUGGGAAAGAUUUUUGCCAAAGUUCAAGCGGAAGAACUUGAAGAAACGCAAGGAGCCAAAGAAGAAAAAUACUAAGAAGGAGUACACACCGUUCCCACCUCCGCAGCCAGAAAGCCAGAUUGAUAAAGAAUUGGCAAGUGGUGAAUACUUCUUGAAAGACAGACAGAAGAAACGAAAGCGAGUGGAAGAGAUAAAGGCAAAGCAAGCAGAUGCAAUCAAGAAAAGACAAGAAGAAAGAAAUAAAGCUUUUAUCCCACCAAAAGAAAAGGCAGUUGUGAAAACAAAGAAAGCCUCCACUGAGAAAAAAAUUGAUAUCGAAGCCAUCAAGGAGAAGGUAAAGAAUGCAAAGAAGAAGAAAUUAGGAGCACUUCCUGCGGAAGAGGUGAAGUUAAAAAUGGCAGCAGAUGAAAAGAAAAAAAAGAAAAAGAAGUAA